CCGUCUUCCUACUUUAAAAGGCAAUAAAAAGAACAAAAAGAUUUAAUGAAGCAUAUACUUCCUAGCUUUUUAUACCUGUCGUGGUUGUGUUAGGAUGAAAGCGUGUGGAAGUAGGAAUGAUUACGCCAUCACGAUACUUCUAGUUGCUUUUAUUAUUUCUUGUAAUGCUUCAAAUAAUCUUGAAAAGCAUAAACAGUGUCAUUUUGAGGUUGAGAAGAAAUCCGGCAAUUACUUAUCAAAAUGGCUUAAAAUCAUAGACGGAAUGGUUGCUCCUUUAGACAUAUCGUUUACAAAUAACAAUACAUAUAGUUCAACACCAGAUGUUUUGCUUCCGAACAGAUGGAUAUGGACAUUUGUUCCUCCUUUUGGUGGAAAAUUCUACAUUUCAUGGCCCGUGGAUUACUUUGUGUAUUCGUUUGGUCUGCUCGAUACGCAUACUUUAUAUCCUACAAGAAUCUUAUUAAACGUUACUCCUCCGGACUGCAAUGUUACAUUUGGCGAGCCUAAAACCACUGAAGGAAUUGGUGGAGCAUUGCAAAAAAUGGCUACGGAUCAGCACUUUUAUAAAAUCAACGAGAUGUAUGACUAUAGCUACUGGUGUUAUUUGUCGAGGAGUUCUUAUUUUAACAACUCUUUUUACUAUAGCCUAAGUCGAUACCUAAACGUACCAUUACAACUAUUGGGAUAUAAAUGCUGUCAAAACAGAGGAAAAAAGCUAAUUUGUGACCACAAAAAUGUCAUAGAAAAUUCCUAUCAACUUAUACCGUUUUACAUAGGACUUGUUUUCCUAGUUUAUUUUCCACUGGCUCUUCUAAAAUUUGGACAAAAUGUUUUAGAAUCCAGUAAUGAUAUACCACAUCUCUCGUUACAAUCGGAAUAUUCAAUUAUACCAGAUCAGGAUGACGACUAUAUUUUUAUGAGAACAAGAAGUCCUUUAUCAGUCUUUAAAAUGAUUGUCAGCGCUUUUGGAUUGGCUAAAAAACAUCCGGUAAUUGUAUCGAGAGUACGGCGAGCUAUAUUUGUAAUAUUGGCUCCGUUUCUUGUGUACAUAUUCAUUUUCCUUUACUACAAGAAAGGACGUUAUUUGAUGAAAGAAAUAGUGAAUCAUAAAAUUCCACAUGGGUUUGUAUCUGUUGUCGGUGGUUUUACUGAGAGUCUAGACCUGUAUCUACCAAUGUUUGGGGGUCCAGCAAUUUCUCUUAUUUUAUACCUUAUAGUAGGAUUAAUAUUGACGUUAGUUCCACGAAGUUUGUCUGAUAUCCUUCAGUUAGGGUUAUCUCCAGACGAAUCAACCUAUUCAACACUUUUAACUUUAGACCUGGUCACAAUUGAAAAGUUUUCGAAGAAGAAAUGCAGUCAUAAUGUAUCUGGCUACCGGAGAUUCUAUUCUGUAAUGAGAGGAUCGUUAUACAUGUUAAUUAAUCCGUCAUUUUGGUGUUUUGUCCUAUCGUUCCAAAAGACAAGAUUGAGAAAAGUCAUAGAUAAAUUAUGUCCAGGAUGUGUUGGUACGACCUGUAUGGCCAUUAUUUGUAUCCCCGUAUUUGUAUCUUACUUUUGUUUCUGUAUUUUAGAGACGUUUCUGGUGAUAUUUUAUUACGGCUUUCCCUUUUGUUAUUUUGUGGUGUCAACUGCUAAAGGAUACGCAAAGUAUUUCCAAAGAGCACAACAAAAACAGACAUUUAUGCUUAAUGUUGUGUUGUCAAUACUUUUUCCUAUUUGCUUUCUGUUUUUCAUGUUCAUGUUGGUCAUGAUAAGUCUGGAAACUUUCAUAAUCACGGGUUAUUUCAUAUUUUUCGUCUACCUAUCCCUUAUAAUUUUCCCAGGAUGGUCUUUUGGAUUUGUAUACUAUGUGAUUAUGUUCAUUCUAUAUGUACAUAGUGUAUUGAAAGAUUUUAAACAGGAAUACCAAGACUUAUUGCAUCAUACCAUCCAAGCCUCCGUUAAAGUAAAAAAGGCUGCCAUAGCAAAGGAACUACUAAAUAAAAGACAAAAGUGUUGUGCGAUGUCUGAAUUUAUAGCAAUUACUAACAGAAUUCCCUUAGAAAUAUUUAAUCAAACUACAUCGAUACAGGACGAUAAUCGAAUCGAAUAUGUACGAUAUCGAAAACAGAUACCGGGAGUUCGGGAAGAUUUGUAUCGAUUCGUUAUCGAUAGAUCCUAUCCCGUGCAUAUCGCAUUCUUCCAUAUCAUAGUGCAAAUUUUAGUGCUACAAGUUAUUGUUUUGAUAUCUAUAUUGUUUAUUUCCACGUACAUAAAGAGGGAAUCGUCACGAGAAUCUAGUGAUGUCCUCAAUGUAAUGUGUGUGAUAAUAGUAACAAUGAUUCCAAAUCUUGUACGUCUUUUCUUCUGUAAAGUCCAUAACAAUAAGGUUAGAAAAAGGAAAAUCCGACAGAAAGUUAUAGAAUUUUGGAGAACAAGGAACAAUUUUAACAUCGAAAAUGAUAACGAGUAA